GCAUCUCUCGUGGUCCGCGAGCUCGGGAUCCAGGAGAACAGUGGACACCGACCCCUUCUUUCAGGAGCCAGGAAUUUUCAAGAUGAAUUAUACUGAGUCCAGCCCAUUGGCAGAAUCGCCUGCGAUAGGUUUUACAUCUAAGUUAGAAAGUAUUAUACCUGUGCCUUCCAAUGAGACCACCUGUGAAAACUGGAGAGAAAUACAUCAUCUAGUUUUUCAUGUAGCAAAUGUUUUUUUUGCAAUUGGGUUGGUUAUUCCAACUACUCUUCACCUCCAUAUGAUACUUCUUAGGGGGAUGUUAGCUAUAGGAUGCUCCUUUUACAUCAUGUGGGCCACACUCUACCGAUGUGCCUUGGAUAUCGUGAUCUGGAACUCAGUGUUCCUCGGUGUCAAUAUGUUGCAUCUUUCAUAUCUUUUGUUCAAGAAAAGACCGGUCAAGAUUGAAAAGGAACUCAACGGCGUCUACCGGCGAUUGUUUGAACCACUCCUAGUGCCUCCAGAUUUGUUCAGAAGAUUAACUGGACAGUUUUGUAUGAUCCAAACCUUGACAAAGGGCCAGACUUAUGCUGCAGAGGAUAAAACCUCAGUCGACGACCGUCUGAGUAUUCUCCUGAAGGGAAGAAUGAAGGUCUCCUAUCGAGGACAUUUUCUGCAUAACAUUUACCCCUGUGCCUUUAUAGAUUCUCCUGAAUUUAGAUCAACUCAGAUGCACAAAGGUGAAAAAUUCCAGGUCACCAUUGUUGCAGACGAUAACUGCAGAUUUUUAUGCUGGUCAAGAGAAAGAUUAACUUACUUCCUGGAAUCCGAACCUUUCCUGUAUGAAAUAUUUAGGUAUCUUAUAGGAAAAGACAUUACAAAUAAGCUCUACUCAUUGAAUGAUCCCACCUUAAAUGAUAAAGCCAAAAAGUUGGAGCACCAGCUCAGCCUCUGCACACAGAUCUCCAUGCUGGAAAUGAGGAACAGCAUCGCCAGCUCCAGUGACAGCGAGGACGGCUUACACCAGUUCCUCCGGGGCACCCCCAGCGUGUCCUCUCUCCAUGUGUCAUCCCCACACCAGCGAGCCUCGGCCAAGAUGAAACCAAUAGAAGAAGGAGUGGAAGACGAUGACGAAGUCUUUGAACCCGUGUCACCAAAAACAUUUAAAGUCCAUGAGUUGCCUUGAUCAGAGAGAAGAGCCAAGUUACCAAGAUGGAAACUGUCUUGAAGAGAUCCUGAAAAAUACCAGCACUUUGUCACUGCUCUUAGAUUAUUCCGCUUUAGGACAUCCAGACGGUAUAAUCUAAGGGCAGAAAAGUGAGGAAGAGUCAAAAGUGGGAAGGUUAUUUUAGCUCUCUUUUUUAUUGGUCAGCUUUUUAAGUGGUGGCUUUCCUGAGCCUUCUGACUAAACCUAGUUCUAUUUUGAGAUACAUAUUUUCACAGUAUUUUCUAGAUACACUAUCAUUUUAACUUUAAAAAUCUUAGUGUUCUGUCCAUUCAAAUGCCUUUCCACUUACUUUUCAAGGCUGUGGUUCAUCUUGCUCACAGGCAGUUUUUCUCUCCCAUGGCGGUGGCGUUGUCUAUUCCAUAGCUUUAACACACAAUGCAGGUUUGAAAUUGAGGUUGCAGUAGCAUUAAAAAGCAGGGAAUCUCAGGCUUUGCAAUUGAUUUUUUAGAUGGGAAAUUUUAAACAAAGACGUGAUUCGACUGGUGUUUAUUUUUCUACCAGGCCAGACACAUUACCCCACUAGAUUGCCUUCCGCGGACGUUGCAUAGAUAGCUUGAUAAUGAACAAAGCAUCAGACUUCGCUCACAUUACCCUUGUAUUAUGCUAUUCAUACAUCAGUCCUGAAACCUAAAGCUGGAAAGAUUAACAGAUGGAGGUGGUUCUGAGCCCGGUGUCAGCUUUCAGCCACUCACCUGGGGUUUGGAGCCAUCUCACCCCACACAUCUGUUGUGGAUACACUUCACUUGGGGCGGGGAGGAGAGGAGGGUCAGGUGGCCGAGCGAGUGGCACAGAGCAGCUUCAUCCUUUGGUCAGGAUUCUGAAGUUUCAGGUUGUUUCUCCAGCCAUAGAUGUCUCUUUAACAGACACCCAGUUCUGUGGGGCCGGGGGUACCCAGCCUAGCUAUUGCCAUGAGGGCCUUGAUUCCACUCUCCUCUCUACCAGAACCACAUUUUAGGACACGGUGGUGUUUGGCUGGUGGGGAAUGAGGAGCUGGCUUGACUCAUGGUCAGUCUGGGGGGUGUGAUUGUGGCACCCAGUUGGGUGAAGCCUGUUGACCGGCUGUGCGGCUUCAUACCCAUGGAUGUCUUGUUUCAUCCCCUAGAACAGUGAUGGCGAACCUAUAACACGCAUGUCAGAGGUGACACGCGAACUCA